AUGGGCCACCUCAUCACCGUUGCCACUUGUAGUCUCAACCAGUGGGCCUUGGAUUUCGAAGGCAAUCUGGCGCGAAUCAUCGAGAGCAUUGUCAAGGCAAAGCAAGCUGGCGCAAGUCUCAGAGAGCUCGAGAUUCCCGGAUAUGGAUGCUUAGAUCAUUUCCUUGAGGAUGAUACAAUCUUGCAUUCUUGGGAGGCUCUUGCACAACUCAUGCAACACCCCGAAUGCCAAGACAUUCUGAUCGACGUCGGUAUGCCAGUCAAGCAUAAGCAACUCAUUCGACCUAAGCUGGCGCUUGCGAAUGACGGGAAUUACUAUGAAAGCCGUUACUUUACUCCGUGGAGGGGUGCUAGGAUCGUAGAGGAACACUACCUGCCGCGCCUUAUACGGAAGAUAAAUGGCCAGAAGACUGCGCCAAUUGGCGAUGCUCUCGUUUCUACGCUAGACACUGUCAUCGGUUGCGAAACAUGCGAAGAACUGUUCACUCCAAAUUCUCCUCACAUUGGUAUGGGCUUAGAUGGAGCGGAGAUUUUCACAAACUCCUCCGGAUCACAUCAUGAGCUUAGAAAACUGAACACGAGAGUAGAGCUGAUCGUCUCUGCGACAUUGAAAUGCGGCGGUCUCUACUUAUAUGCAAACUUGCAAGGAUGCGAUGGAGACAGAUUGUAUUACGACGGAUGCGCACUCAUCAUUCUCAAUGGGCAAGUGCUGGCUCAGGGUUCUCAAUUUUCGCUAGAGGACACUGAGGUUAUUACAGCGACUGUUGAUUUGGAGGACAUCAGAGCAUAUCGUGAUCAGCAAUCCAGAGCGAUGCAAGCGCUGGCACAGCAAAGUUAUGAGCGUGUAAACGUGGAUGUUUCAAUGUCUAGAGAAGGGGAUGAGAUUGAUCUCUCACUACACCCUACAACACCUCGGCCCGUCAAGUACCUUCUCCCACAACAGGAAAUUGCUUUUGGCCCUGCGUGUUAUCUCUGGGAUUAUCUACGUCGAGCGAAACAAGCAGGGUACUUUCUGCCUCUCAGCGGGGGGAUCGAUUCGUGCGCUACUGCUGUCAUAGUCCAUUCCAUGACACGUUUGGUAUUACAAUCCAUCGAAUCAGGAAACCGCCAGGUUCUUGCGGAUCUGCACCGCAUCUCUGGAGAAGAGCUGGACAGUAGCUUCGUUCCCAAAACUCCACAGGAGAUCGCGAACCGCAUAUUCUGUACCGCGUACAUGGGGAUGGAGAAGAUGUCAUCAUCUGAGACUCGCGCUCGGGCUGAACAGCUCGCUGCGGAGAUUGGUGCUCAUCACAUCUCUUUCAACCUUGACCCCGUGUAUGAAGCACAGGUUCAGCUCCUGGCUGAAAAUACUGGCACCGAACCCAAGUUCAAGACGGCAGGAGGAACCAAGGUCGAGAACCUUGUUCUACAAAAUAUCCAAGCACGACUUAGAAUGGUCAAUGCAUACGCUUUAGCUCAAAUCCUCCCUCAAAGCAGAGGCCGCCGAGAAGGAGCACCUGGGUCACUAUUAGUGCUUGGGAGCGCCAAUGUGGAUGAAAGCCUCAGAGGCUAUUUGACAAAAUACGACUGCUCUUCAGCCGAUAUCAACCCCAUCGGUGGAAUAUCAAAGACAGAUCUCAAAAGCUUCAUUUAUUGGGCUUCUCUGAAGGAGAACUUUGGACUUGACCUCCAAGGCUUUCUGUCUGCGCCUCCAACGGCAGAGCUAGAGCCAUUGACGGACUCUUAUGUUCAGUCGGACGAGGCCGAUAUGGGAAUAACGUAUGACGAGCUCAGUGUUUUUGGCCGACUGAGGAAAAUAAACAAAUUGGGCCCUUAUGGAAUGUUUGAGAAACUGUUGCACCUUUGGACUGAUAAGCUGUCACCGCAGCAAAUCUACGAGAAAGUUCGAUUCUUCAGCUGGAAUUACUCGAUCAACCGUCACAAACAAACGACAAUUACUCCGGCGUACCACAUGGAGGCUUAUGGCGUAGACGAUAACCGCUUUGAUAUGAGACCUUUCCUGUAUCCCAGCUUCCAAUGGGCCUACGCCAAAAUCGAAAGGAGCAUUAAGCAGAUGGGCGAAGCAGGUACCCGGGUCCCUGCUAGUGGUGCUGAAAGCGAGGAGUGA